CGCAUAACCGAGGCAAGUGUCAGUGAUAUUCUGAGAUCCAGAAGUAGCUGAGUGAUUUCGUGAGUUAGACGUUGAUCGAUUGGUGAAUAUUUGUUUGAAAUUCUCUGCCCCUUCUAAAGAACCCGCUAUCAUUACUAAGUGGAGGCCCUUGAGUUUCCCCCGGGUCGAUAACCCGCACCAUAUUCAGUAAUUCCUUGUACACAACAGAAACAUCGAGGACACCCCAACUGAUGAAUAAAUCUAUUCAUUAACGAAAAUGGAUGGAAAAAUAAAACUCAUCAUUCCCCUAUUACUACUACUUGAAUCAUCAUCGAGCACUCAAAUCCUAGACUUACUGGCGAGCUACGGGCUCUGGGAGAGCCGACUAAUUCGUACAGUACCACUUCCCCAAUCUGAAUACGAUUUCAUAAUUGUUGGCUCUGGUUCUGGUGGCUCGACAUUAUCCAAUAGAUUAUCUGAGAAUCCCAAUUGGAAAAUUCUUCUUCUGGAAGCUGGAAAACCCGAGGGAAUUUUCAAUCAACUGCCAGUGGUUGUCAGUUACUUUCAGCAUACUGAUUACAACUGGGGGUACAAGCUGGAGCCCCAGGAAAAUGUAUGUCUAGGUAUGGAGAAUCAAGCCUGUCCAUGGCCAAGAGGAAAAUCCUUGGGAGGAUCGAGUACCAUCAAUUACAUGAUUCACACAAGAGGGAACAGACUCGACUACGAUUACUGGGCUGCCCUGGGCAAUCCUGGAUGGUCUUACGAGGAAGUACUACCGUAUUUCAAGAAGAGUGAAAAAAUUCAUAUUUCGGAUUACUAUAAUGUGUCUUAUCAUGGUACAGACGGCAAUUUGCACGUUGAAUAUGCUCCCUAUCACACCCCCCUUUCAACAUCAUUCCUGGAGAGUGGAAGACAAAUGGGAUAUUCUGUUCUUGAUUACAAUGGACCAGAACAGCUCGGUUACUCCUACCUUCAAUUGAACAUGGAUCGAGGAGCCAGAUGUAGUGCCUCAAAAGCAUAUCUCACCCUCAAUCGACCCAAUUUGGACAUUGUCACCGGGGCAUUGGUGACUAAAGUAUUAAUCGACAGUAAAAAAUGUGCAUAUGGGGUGAAAGUCGUGAUAAACAAUAUCAGUUACAACAUUGUUGCAAGAAAGGAGGUAAUUUUAUCCGCUGGAACAAUCAAUACCCCUAAACUUCUCAUGUUAUCUGGAAUUGGUCCUAAGGAACAUCUCCAAGAACUCGGAAUCAAUGUCAUCGAGGACGCAAAAGUUGGUUAUAAUCUCUACGAGCACAUUGGAUUCCUUGGCUUGACAUUUCUGGUGAACCAGAGUGUCAGUUUACUAGAGAAAAAUGUCCUAACAAAGGAUCAGAUGUGGUCGUAUAUUUUGGAUAGAUCAGGCCCACUAACUGUUCCAGGUGGAGCUGAGGCUCUGGCAUUUCGCCAAACCAGAUAUGCAACUGAUGCGCGCCCUGACAUUGAACUGCUCUUCAUAGGUGGAUCACUCCAUUCAGAUAAUGAUGUCGCAAUUCGUAAGGGUCUCGGUAUAACUGAUGACUUGUACAAUGCUGUCUACAAACCAAUUGAAAAUAUCGACGGCUGGUCAAUCUGGCCAAUAGUCCAAGCACCGAGAAGUCAUGGGAGGAUUAAAUUGAGAUCUACAGAUCCAUUUGAUGCCCCUAUUCUCGAGGCAAACCUCCUUGACGAUCCAUACGAUAUCGAGAUUAUUCUCGAAGGUAUCAAAAUGGCCAUCGAAAUAUCUCAAUCAGAAUCUUUCCAAAGAUAUGGCAGCAGACUCCACGAUAUUCCAAUUCCAGGAUGUUGUAAAUAUCCUUUUGCAUCUGAUGAUUAUUGGCGUUGUGCUAUUCGUCAUCUACCUGCUUUGAUGGAUCAUGAGAUUGGGACAGCAAAAAUGGGACCUGCUUAUGAUCCAUCAGCCGUUGUCGAUCCUGAACUACGAGUAUAUGGUAUUCAAAAAUUGCGAGUUGUCGACGCAUCAAUAAUGCCAACGAUACCAGUGGGUCAUAUCAAUGCAGGAAUUUACAUGAUUGGAGAGAAGGCAGCUGAUAUGAUCAAGCAAACAUGGACGAAAGACAUGUGUUACUAACAUGA